AUGGCGGCAUCGCUUUCACCGGAUCAGUCGAAUCAAUCUAAUUUCGGCGGGCCAGCUGCGCAGGACAAGGGCCCGUUGUCCUCAAUGAAUCUCGGCUUCCUCAAGUCGCUGACAGAAAAGAGAACUACACGAGAUGGGAACCCGGCCAAACGUCGAGGACCGAAGCCAGACAGCAAGCCGGCUCUGACGCGACGGCAAGAGCUGAACAGACAGGCCCAGAGGACACAUCGGGAGCGUAAGGAACUCUACAUCAAGGCUCUGGAAGAUGAAGUGCUCCGCCUGAAGGAGAUAUACAGCAACAUCUCCCAGGACAAGGAGCGGCUCGCGGCAGAGAACCGCCAGCUGAGGGCCCUUGUCGCCCAGAAUGGAACCCCCGGGGCUGGAGCCAGCGGCAGCAGCUUGCUGGACGACUCGAUGAGCAACCCCAGCAUUGGAUAUGCAUCAAGCGGAAGCGUGUCUGGCGGGGCGGCAGCCUCGAGUCAUACGAGCGCCUUCACGCCGCCGCCCUUGUCGGCGCGUUCUGGCGCAUCACCGAUUACCGGCCACCAGCCCGGCCACCACCAUCACCACCAUCAUCAGCAUUCCAGCCAGGGCCAGAUCAGUACGGGAUUGGGUGUUGGAGGAGGCCAGUUAUAUAGGAACCCGGGCGUGGAUUAUGACCAAUCUGGCAUUGAUUUCGUGUUGACCCUCGAGAAGCCAUGCAUGGACCACAUGCCCUGGCUCCUGGAACGCGGCACCGAGGUGGGCGGCAACGAGCCGUGCGGGCACGCGCUGAUGGCGUCGUGCCCGCCGGAGCCGUUCCCCGAGCUGACGCCCGACAUCCCGUUCGGGUACAGCAACAUCGGCGCUGGUGCCGGCGGCGACGUGGACGGCCAGCAGCGCACGUGGGAGCUCAGCAAGGGCGACCUGGCCACGCUGCUGGACCUCAGCACGAGGCUGAACCUCGACGGGGAGAUCACGCCCGUCAUGGCCUGGGGCAUGGUCCUCGCCCACCCGAGGCUGGCGGAGCUGAGGACCAAGGAUUUUGCUAGGUUGUCGGAGGAGUUGGGGAGUAAGGUUCGGUGCUAUGGAUUUGGCGCUGUAAUGGAGGAGUUUGAAGUGAGGGAUGCUCUGGAGAACUUAUUCUCAAUGAAGUCCGAGAUGGGAGCGGUCUACUGA